UAAAAGGGAGAACAGUGGGAGCAGCCAGACGUAGAGCAAGCCACCGGAGAAAAGUGCAGAAUAUUCUGAAGAAAAGGCUUCAUCAUGGCUCGACUGACCAUCCUGGCUGGAUUGGCACUUCUGAUGUGUCUUCAGACUGUUUAUUCCACCAAACUGGUGUGCUACUUUACCAACUGGUCCCAGUACAGACCAGGGGGUGGAAAAUUCACCCCUGACAACGUAGAUCCAAACCUCUGUACGCACCUCAUCUACGCCUUCUCCAUCAUCAGCUCCUCCAAUGAGCUGGCUACGUUUGAGAGGAACGAUGAUGUUAUGUACAAAUCCUUCAAUGCGCUGAAGAACAGAAACCCUCAGCUGAAAACCCUGCUGGCUGUCGGUGGGUGGAACUUUGGAACCACACAAUUCAGCCUCAUGGUCUCGUCUCCGGCCAACCGUCAGGUGUUAAUCCAGCCUUCGAUCAGAUUUCUGAGACAACAUGGCUUUGAUGGACUAGAUCUGGACUGGGAGUACCCGGGAUCACGAGGAAGCCCACCAGAGGACAAGCAAAGGUUCACGUUGCUCUGCCAGGAAUUACUUGCUGCCUUUGAGAAGGAAGCCACUCAAACCAAUCAGCAGAGGCUGCUGCUCACUGCUGCUGUAGCGGCUGGAAAGGGAACUAUUGAUAAAGGCUAUGAGAUUGCUACUGUGUCCAAUUAUCUAGACUUUAUAAGCGUCAUGACCUACGACUUCCAUGGAGCCUGGGAUUCAUUCACUGGCCACAACAGCCCUCUGUACAACAGCUCUGUCAUGCAUGGUCAACAUAUCUACUACAAUGUUGACUUUGCCAUGAGAUACUGGAGAGACCAAGGAGCUCCGCUAGAAAAGCUGCUGGUUGGUUUUCCCGCAUAUGGUCGCACAUUUCGCACGUCAUCAGCAGCUAGUGGUGUUGCAGCACCAGCGAGCGGACCAGGCACUGCUGGGAACUACACCCGGGAAGCAGGAAUCUUGUCCUACUAUGAGGUUUGCACUUUCCUUGAUGGAGCCACCACUCACUGGAUUGAGGAGCAAAAGGUUCCCUAUGCAGUCAAAGGCAAUCAGUGGGUGGGAUUCGACAACAAGCAGAGCUAUGCGAUCAAGGCACAGUAUGUGAAAGACAACAACUACGGUGGAGCGUUCGUCUGGGCUGUGGAUCUGGAUGACUUUUCUGGACAAUUCUGUGGUCAGGGAAACUAUCCUCUCAUUGGAUAUCUCCGCUCUCAACUGCAGUCAGGGAAUAGUUCCAUCAAUACCACAAACCAGCCUGGCGUUCCUACAACCACAGCAGCUCCUGGCAUGAAAACAACCAAAACUCCUGCACGUAAUUUCUGUUUAGGCAAGACUGAUGGUAACUACAUCAAUGAAAAUAAUAGACACACCUUCUAUCAGUGUGUCGGCGGAAUCACCUACACACAGAUAUGUCCUGCUAAUUUGGUUUACAAUGCCACGUGCGACUGUUGCGAUUAUAAUAAGUGAUUCAGUCAAGCUUUUGUGAAUUUAAAUGCUGGAUGGACAGCGUGAAUACAAUGUCCUCUCUCACUCUACAGCUGUGUUCUUGGUGUAAAAGUUUAACACCCAAAAGGAGAUUUAUUUUUUUCAUAUCUGCUUAGAUGUUUCAAAUGUACUGAAGUAAUUUGUAAUGUGUAGAGACAUGCAUACCAAAACCUUUUAAUAAAUUUUCCUGUUUUUGCUUCCUCA